UCACCACAUGCGCGGCGAGCUGCGCGAUUUAUAAAAAUCGUUCCAAAUGCUAUCCAGCAUAAAUCCAUAAUCGUCGCCCAUUGUAAAAACGUCAGCUGCAAACGCGAGCAGCUCGAAUAACGCGAUGAAAAAUACACACAUUGAGAGUGAUGGGAAAGACAGAACAGUUAAUAGUGUGAAAAAGAAAGAUUUGAGUGAUAAAAAUACAAACAACGAAUCUAACGCAAACACCAACAGCACGGUUAUCAAAGUAAAAAGUGCUAUACCGAGGCGAAGACAAGAUCUGCUGAAAUGGUACGGUUGGGGUUACAAGGACUCCAGGUUUGAGUUGUGUGGUGAUUCCGCAUGUUUCACUGGAAAUAGAUACUCCAUAGGCGGGAAGUUACUGCCUUACCUGUCGCAAUGGGCGGUAGAAAACUUCGGUGUAGACACAACGAAGCCGCCGAAGAUUCCAGAACCGCCCACGAGCUUCCCCGAAAGUCUGCUACCGAUGAAUAUCAAGGAAGAACUGGAGAAGAUCGCAUUGAUCAGUACUGAUGGCAUGGACAGGCUGAUCCGAGCUCAUGGGCAGACGCUAAAGGAUGUGUCUAAUGUGAGGAAUAACUCAUUUCCGAGGAUACCUGAUGCUGUCAUUUGGCCUGAAAGCCAUGAACAGGUAGAGAAGAUAGUGAAAUGCGCGUCGCGUCAUAAGUUCGUGAUCAUCCCGUUCGGCGGCGGCACGUCCGUGUCAGGGGCCGUGACGUGUCCGGAGAACGAGCCGCGGCCGAUAGUGGCGCUCGACACCAGCGACAUGAACUCCAUACUGUGGCUCGACAAGGAACAGCUGCUGGCGAGGGUUCAGGCGGGUAUAAUAGGUCAAGACUUGGAGCGUGAGAUGCGCGCGCGCGGGUUCACGGUGGGCCACGAGCCGGACUCGUACGAGUUCUCCACCCUGGGUGGAUGGGUAGCCACCAGAGCCAGUGGUAUGAAGAAGAACACCUAUGGGAAUAUCGAGGAUCUGGUCGUGCAAACUAAGGUGGUGACACCUCGCGGCGUGAUAGAGAAGAAUUGUCGCGUGCCGAGAAUAUCGUGUGGCCCGGAAUGGGAACACGUCGUCAUGGGAUCUGAAGGGUGCUUCGGAGUUGUGACUGAGGUGACAAUAAAAAUCCGUCCACUGCCCGAGGUGACGCAGUACGGUUCUCUAGUCUUCCCGGACUGGGAUUCGGGCUUCUACUUCGAGCGGGAGGUCGCCAAGAAACGCCUGCAGCCGUCCAGCAUACGGCUCAUGGACAAUGAACAGUUCCGUUUCGGCCAAGCCCUGAAAAUGGAGAACUCGUGGGGCGGAGUCCUCCUCGACGGUCUCAAGCGGCUCUACAUAACUCGCAUCAAAGGCUUCGACCCUAAGAAGCUGUGUGUAGUGACGCUGCUAAUGGAGGGCUCUUCGGAAGAGGUGGCGGAACGGGAGAAGAAGUUGAACAGCAUAGCUGCGAAGUACGGCGGCGUGCCGGCCGGCGCCUCCAACGGCGAGACGGGCUACACUCUUACCUUUGUUAUUGCUUAUUUGAGGGACGUGGCGAUGGAGUACGACAUCGUGGCGGAGUCGUUCGAGACGUCGGUGCCGUGGGACCGCGCGCAGGCGCUGUGCCGCAACGUCAAGCGCCGCGUCGCACACGAGUGCCGCGCCCGGGACAUCACACACUUCCUCGUCUCCGCCAGGCUCACGCAGACGUACGACGCGGGUUGCUGUAUAUACUUCUACUUCGGUCACUACUCGGGCGACUGCGAGGAUCCUGUCGCCACCUACGAGGAGAUCGAAGAAGCCGCACGAGAUGAAAUCAUCGCCUCCGGGGGAUCAAUAUCGCAUCAUCACGGUGUAGGGAAACUGCGCAAGAAGUGGUACACGGACACCGUCAGCGAACCCGGCAGACUAUUACUUCUAGCCGCGAAGAAAGCACUAGAUCCAGACAAUAUAUUCGCAUUGGGCAACAUGGCGUUCGGGGACAACGAACAUUUUAAAAGUAAAUUAUAAGUGAAAAUAAUUGUGGAUUUUAUUUGUAUGUGAGGAGUCAUGGAUUGAUGAUUGAUCCCGGAUCGAUGACGAUAAUUAUCAAAUCAAUUAUAAUAAUGCACCUGUGACGAAGAUUUAUUGGGCUGAUUUGUUUGGUCUAUGUACGAGCAAGUCAACGCCAAGUGGUAUCAGAGAGCUAAUGUCCUAACUUUGAAGUCGGUUCACGCUUUUUGUAUUAAUAUGUGAUUUUUUUUAAUAUUAUACAUAGUCCGUUUAUUCCUUCGACAAAUUUAUCCUUGAGCUUGGGAGAGAAGUGAUACAUGCGCGCUAUAAGCCAUCUCAACAUAAACCUACUGGCAUAGACAUGCAAACUGUAGUUACAGAUAGUAUAUCGACGGUUGAAAGGCUAACUGACAAGCAAUUUUUUUUUCUAUACUAAGUUUCAUACAUAUUCGAAAUCAGCACCUUUUUCUAUGUCUUUAUAAACUAUUAAAAUUUUUUCGACAAAAAUGUCGCUUCAACUGUCGAUAUGUUUGUUACGAAUAAUCGUAAAAAUUGGGAUAAAGGUAAUCUUAAAUCUAAAAAAUCUCGUGUUCAACUCUAUCUUUACCUAGGAGAAUUCGCCCACGCCGACUUUUGCGGUAAUACAGUUACUGGCAAUUCACCUUCGACUACGUCCAUGAUUCUGUAUCGCUACAAUGAGCAAGCUAUCGCUUCAGUAGUAACUCAGAUACAGGAUACAGGGCCACUGCCCUGGCGUAGCUUAGGAAUUUGCCGCUUCUAGUAGCCAGACGAAAGCAAAAAUAAAAAUCUUUCAACAAAACAAACAAAAUUGCUAUACAGGUACAUGCCACAAGGAUGGGCUGCCUUGUCAUCCACUAUACUACGCCAUUAAAUGAAUGUGAGCGCAACAGUUGCAAAUGCGACUAACACGCAAUAACGAUACAAUUCAACGAUAGUAUCGCUGCUAAAAGUCGCCGUAGGUGACCUUCCUAAUAGGUACAUAACUACAUUAUAAUAAGUUUAUUUAUUAAUUAUUGGUGGAAACAAAAGAACAAUGCUGACGAGCUGACCUAUGUCAAAGAUUGCUCAAUUAUAAUUUUAAGGCUAUAAAAUUAAGAGAAGAAUCAUUUUUAUUUAUUCAUAGUAAUUGUAUUCUAACAUUCCUUUUAUUAUACUUAAUUGUAAAUGUGUGGUGUUUGUGAUAACUUCUACAUUUCACAUAAUAAUAUGCAUCUUUUAUACUAAAAUAGACACAAUAAAAAAGUUGCAGCUACCA